AUGCUGGCCCGACAACCUCCGUUUUUCCCUGUCAUUGCACUAACUUCCCACAGGUCUCUUCCCUUGCCUGUUGCGCAAAGGCACCCCACGCUGGAUCUAGGCAAUGCCGAAACGAUCCUCCGCUUAUCCUCGCUGGAACACCAUGCUGCCACCCAGUCUGCCAAACUCAGGCCUCCUAAAACGGGGGGGACAGAGGAUGCCACCGAGGAUGAUCCAAAGGUUAACUUGGAGGCGAGGGAACUUUGGACACAAUUCCACAAAUUCGGCACUGAAAUGGUCAUAACAAAAUCAGGAAGGCGCAUGUUUCCAGCGUUCAAAGCCAGAUGUACUGGCUUGAACAAAAUGGCAAAAUAUAUUUUGCUGAUGGAUAUUGUGGCGGCCGACGAGUGCAGGUACAAGUUUCACAACUCAGAUUGGAUGGUAGCAGGAAAGGCAGAUCCUGAAAUGCCAAAGAGGAUGUACAUACACCCAGACAGUCCCGCUUCUGGCGAGCAAUGGAUGUCAAAAGUGGUCAAUUUUCACAAACUAAAAUUGACAAACAACAUCUUGGACAAGCAUGGGUUUACGAUUCUUAACUCAAUGCACAAAUACCAGGUUAGGUUUCACGUUGUGAGGGCCAACGAUAUUCUACAACUGCCAUAUAGCACGUUCAUGACCUAUGUCUUUUCUGAGACAGAAUUCAUCGCUGUAACUGCAUAUCAAAACGAUAAGAUUACACAACUGAAAAUUGAUAACAAUCCUUUCGCCAAAGGAUUCCGUGACACUGGCAAUGGGAGAAGAGAAAAAAGGAAACAACUGAGGAUUAAUUCACAAAAAUCCAAUGAGACGCGAAUGCAAGAAGACAAUGAAAUCUCCUGUGACUCUUUGGAUGAGGCUCCACUGAAAAGCGCAGGAAACUCAAAAUCAUCCGUCAACAUGCAGGGGAGAACUUUCUCCAGUGUAGCAGCCAUGGGUCACAGGCUUGCAGCUGUGUCAUCUGGCGGAGUGUGCGCCAUGGGCACGGCUGGUAUCCUGGCAUCUUCUUUACAAAGAGUGUCAGGAACGUCAGGAUUACCCGUGAACUUUCAGCAGCAUGCUAUGGCAUCACAGGGCCUCACCGUUUCUCCAAUUGGUGGUAUUUUUCCCUACCCCUACUCCUAUUUGGCAGCAGCGGCUCCUCAGUCCACCACAGCAUCGACCCCAGUGCGCCCUCGAACCCGGUUCAGACCCUACUCCAUUCCCAAUAGCCUGGGGAUCCGUGAGGAGAGAAUUGAGAACUACUGA